CAAAGAACAACAGGUCGAGCAAGCGGCGAAGGGAAAAGAAGCGGAGAUCGUCCCCUCCCCGCCGCCGACUGGACGCAUAUGCGCCACGGCUGCCGGUGAGCUUCCCCGCCGGCGACGAGUGGACCUCGCCCCACGCCCGGCUAGAUCCGGUGCCACCCCCGCCACCACGAGGAAUGUUCUUCUGGCCGUUCCUAGAGGGUCUUUUGAUUCUUGCAAAUGCAUUGGCGAUACUAAAUGAAGACCGCUUUCUUGCACCCAGAGGAUGGAGCAUGUCUGAAGUCUCAGGAAAUGGACGAUCAAAGUCAUUGAAGGGUCAGAUUGUAGGACUCAUAUAUGCCACACAGUUCUUUAGGAUGCCGUUGAUAGCACUUAAUGUUCUUAUCAUUGUUGUGAAGUUGGUGUCAGGCUGAUACUAUGAAGGUUUCAGUUGUUGGGCUUGAUUGAUUUCAAUUUCAAUGUGAUGUAAAAGUAUUCACGCUAAAUAUUUCUGCAGCUAUAUUAAUUUGUCUAUAUAUGUGCCUUGUUAUUGUUCUAGUAAA